AUGUUGUCGGUAGUGCUGAGUGCAACCACCACGAUAACAAUGAACAGAGGCGAGCAGGAGAAUCUCUACCGGCAGUCACGCAAUCUUCGGCUGCAGCAGCAGGAAGCGAAAGCGCACCAAGAGCAGCAACCCGGUGGUGGCAGGCAGCGCCACUACUCCUACGGAAACAUCCACCAGUACAGCAGCGCCAGCAUUGGACUACCGCCCGACGCCGCCAUGAUCGCGCGCGGUCUCGGUUCGUUCGGGCUGGACGACCAUCACCUUCAGCAGCAGCAGCAGCAUCAGCACCAGCACCAGGGUGGGACGGCGUGCGAUGAUCUGGUGCUGAGCGUGCUCAAGUCUCCGGUGAAGGAGACGACGAACCUGCUGGCCGGCAGCCGGUCGGCGAUCUCGGCGAGUACCAGCGCCGGUAGUAACGGCAUCGCGAUGGGCUCGACCGGGACGGGCGGGACGCUCACGCAGACGCCGAGCCCGUGCGCGGGCGGCGAGAUGAGGAACUCGGGCGGUGGGGGUGGCGGGAUGAUGAGCUACCGGACGCUGCAGGGCUCCGAGGACGACCUGGUGGACGACGUCGAGUCGGCGAUCGAGACGACCGAGCUGAACGCGAGCGAUCACCACGCGUACAAGAGUCUCCACCCAGGGUCCUCCGGCCCUUCUUCCUCGUCCCCGCGGGCCCUCAAGUUUCUGCGGCGCUUUCGGCCGGGAAAGCCGGCCCGCGCCUUCGAGCCCCACCACAAGCGUGUUCCGACGCCGAUGAGGCGCAAGAAUCGGGGCCGCUCGAGGUCCCGCUCGACCGACAUCCUCGACGGGGUCGGUGCGAGCCCGGGCAACAUCGUGGACGACGAUGACGACGACGAUGACGUCGAUCUGGACGAGGACGCGCACGAGAUUCAGGGUGUCUCGCUGGGCGGGGUGGGCACGGGGGAGCCCGGGGUGCCCGGGAGCGGUGGGAAGAACCUGGGCGUCCCGAACCCGUACUACCCGAUCGCGCUGCCGAUCGAUCAGGCGUUCAAGGCCAAAUACGUUUUCCAUCACCGGCGCGGAAAAACCGUCCAGGAGCGGUUCUACGUCUUUCUCGAGCAUCCUUGUGGCUGGCUGUGUUUUGUAUAUCACUUUUCUGUAUUUCUGCUUGUGUUGGUGUGUCUAAUAUUUAGCGUAUUAUCGACGAUAGACGAGUAUAGUAAGUUCGCGAACGAGACCUUAUUCUGGAUGGAGAUAUGCCUGGUGGUGUUCUUCGGCGUGGAAUAUCUCGUCCGGCUCUGGUCCGCCGGCUGCCGGUCGAAGUACAUGGGCUUCUGCGGCCGGUUACGCUUCAUCCGCAAGCCAAUCUGUAUUAUAGAUCUUAUUGUAGUCGUAGCGUCAAUGAUUGUGUUGUCAUGGGGCUCAAAUGGUCAGGUGUUCGCGACGAGCGCCAUCCGCGGCAUCCGUUUCCUGCAGAUUCUCCGCAUGUUGCACGUCGAUCGGCAGGGUGGCACCUGGCGGUUACUCGGCUCCGUCGUCUUCAUCCAUCGGCAGGAGUUGAUAACCACGCUGUACAUCGGUUUCCUGGGGCUCAUCUUCAGCUCGUACUUCGUGUACCUAGCCGAGAAGGACGUGCUCGGGCCGGACGGGAAGGCCGACUUCGCCAGCUACGCCGACGCGCUCUGGUGGGGCGUCAUCACCGUCACGACGAUCGGCUACGGGGACACGGUGCCGCAGACCUGGAUGGGCAAGAUCGUCGCCUCCUGCUUUAGUGUGUUCGCAAUCUCGUUCUUCGCACUGCCGGCCGGUAUCCUGGGGUCCGGAUUCGCCUUAAAAGUACAACAGAAGCAACGCCAGAAGCACUUCAACCGCCAGAUACCGGCCGCCGCCAUGCUGAUCCAGUGCCUCUGGCGCUGCUACGCCGCCGACAAGAGCUUCCACAGUGACGCCACCUGGCAGAUCUACGUCAAGUCGAACGACAACGGCAACGGCAACGGCAACAGCAGCACAGCCCUUCCAUCGCAGUUGGGCAAAGUGAGUGCGAUGUUUAGCGGUACCCUAAUGGUACAGGUGGCGCGGCGCGGUGCAUCGGUGCUGAAGCGGCGGAAGUCCCGGAACCGCAUGGAGGCGCCCCAGAUGAAGCCCCCGCUCAGUGCCGGCCCGGUGCCGGGCGUCGGUCCUUCCUCAGCGACGGCGACAACGAUGGCGACGGCCACCACCGGCUCGAACGCUUCCGGGGCGGGCUGUGCUGCGUCCAGUGGGACUCAACCGGGAGGCUCGACAAGUGCCGGGGAAGGUGGAGCAGUCCUCGGGACAUCACCCAACACGCCGGGAGGGGCGACCAUGGGCGGCGGCAGUGGUGGAGGACCUUCGGGAGAGCUCGCGAAAAGUGAGUCCGACGGAGACGUGGUAUUCUACAUGGAGGAACCGCGAUCUGCAGGCACACCAUUGCGAACGCGACGUAACGAUCCAAACCGGGGAGUGUUCGUUAGCCAGAACAGUUCCGUGACGGAAGCGCCGAGCGAUGAGGUGGAAGCGGAACCGGAACCAGAUGACGAGCCGGAACCGGCGCGUGUAACACAAUUGACGGAAGCGCACCGGAACGCAAUCCGGGCGAUCCGGAAGAUCAAGUACUUCGUGGCCCGCCGAAAGUUCCAGCAGGCGCGCAAACCGUACGACGUGCGGGACGUGAUCGAGCAGUACUCGCAGGGCCACCUCAACAUGAUGGUGCGCAUCAAGGAGCUGCAGCGCCGGCUGGACCAAACGCUCGGCAAGCCGGGCAGCUACCUGGCCGGCAUCGACCGGGUCGGCAACAUCAAGCCGAUGACGGUCGGGGCCCGGCUGUACCGGGUCGAGCAGCAACUAUCUGUGAUGGACAAGAAACUGGAUCAAUUAACGCACGCCAUCAACUCGAUGACGCUGCAGCAGAAGAUGAUAUUACCGCCGAUGCAGUCCUACCAGCCGCACCCGCUGCAUUCCCACCCGAUGCAGCAGCAGCAGCAACAGCAGCAGCAGCAGCAAAUGCACCAAUCGUUGCAGCAGUCGAUGCAGCAGCACGCACUUCACUCACCCGCCACGCUCGGGGCGAUCGUGCAGCACCAGCAGCAGAUGCAGAUCGUGCCAGCCCCUCAGCCCCAGCAAAUCUCGCCCCUCCAGCUGCCGGCCGCACCCUCGCAGGCCUCCUCGCCGUCGCUGGCGAUGAAGUGUCUCGAGGACGAUGUAUAA